AUGAAAUUUCUCGAAGUGGAUUCUUUGGAUCUAAUAAACACAGCGUUUUUAUGGGAGACUUCCGAAUGUAUACUGACGGGAAGAGUAGAAGCCUACUCCUGUAAAUCUGCUGGCACCGACAAGAAGCUAUUCAAGACACUUGAAAACAGAUACAAUGCCGACUUACUCGCACCUGGCUCUAUUUCACCUGAUGAUCUGCAAGUCAUCUCGCCUUUUGGUCGAUUGACGGAAGCUGCACCUCGCAAGACAUUCUUCUACCUACUGGCUACCUUGAACGCUGCAUUCCCCGAACAUGAUUUCGAAGACGUACGACCCGAUCAAUUCUUAAAGCUGCCGUCAGUCGAAAUGGUCAUGAAUUCUGUCAACACAACGUUAUUUAAUUUGGGAAACGAUGUGAUAGUGAACAGAUACAGACUGUGGGAUGUGCUGGACGAGAUUGUACAAUUGAACGAUUGCGACGUUUACACAUACAAUCCUGAUGUGGACGAUGAUCCCAUGAACGAAGAAGAGGGCUACUUAUGGUCCAUGAACUAUUUUUUCUUUAACCGAAAAUUAAAACGAAUGAUAUUUUUCUGUUGCAAGAGCGAGAGUAUGAACGCACCUAUCGCUGAAGAAGAGGGCUUGGAUGUCAAUGACGGUGACGAUGAUACAGACAUGAAUGAAAAUGGAGAGAAAUCAAGGCGCUACCAAGAUGACUUUUUGAUGGACGAUAUGGAAUGA